UGUGGACUGAACGCAACCUUCCUCUUUUCUUGCGACCCAAUUAAUAAUUUUAAUAAUCCCGUUUAAAAGCUUUGUCUUGCUGGUAGCGUAUGGUGUGAACUGGAAUGAAUUAAGGAGACUGCCUCACACGUAACCCGAGGCUCUCUCUGAACCCUCACUAUCGCUAACUACUGUUUCAGAUUCCUCUCUCUUUCUCUCUCCAUCGAACAUCUCUUUCCCAUUCAUAUUUGUUUCUUUUGUUUCUGUGUUUUCUGGUUCUUUCCUGCAUUUUAUUUACUACUCCUCCAUACGCUCCCUUCAAGCAGAAGUAGACUGAGACGCCUCAAGAUUCAGUAAUUCAGGUUUCCUCCAACUUCAUUGGCCAUUUAUUGUCCUUGAAAACAACUAUUCUCGUGCUUUCGGCUCGCCAGAGUGAAAUAUGAAGGAAAGAGCAUAGCUGGGGCUCAUUUCAACGAGUAACUGCCACCUAGGUCCUGUUCCUUUCCUUGCACAUGUGCCUCGGGGGCCCGAUCGUUUCUUGGUUUUCUUUUGUCUGAAACAUCAGGGUUCGAUUUUCAACAUUGAGGAGGGCCUGUUCCUCCCGUGAUUUACUGUGUUGGUUUAUCUUCCUCUUCGUUCACUCUCUAUUUUUAAGUAUUCCAGAAAAUGUCGGGGUGAAGCUUGCCUUGUUAAGUAAGGAAUGGGGUUUAAAGUUGGAAACUUGAGCUGCUAGAGCUCUUGGUUGAAAUGUCGGACGAGGUUUGAGCUUUCCCAACCUGUAAUGUUGGAUUAUUUAGUUAAUGGAUGUGAUAUAGAAAAGUGCUGUUCAAGUGAUUGAGAUGAAAAUGGGAGUUGCCAGCUCGAAAACGGAGAAAAAUGAACCAUUGCGUCUCUGCAGGGACCGGAAGCGAUUCAUCAAACUAGCAAUGGAUUCAAGAUAUGAUCUCGUUGCUGCUCAUGUAUCUUACAUUCAAUCUCUCCGAAAUGUCGGAAUCGCUCUUCGCCGUUACGCUGAGGCCGAGGUAUUGAUCGAGUCUUCUCUCUCCAUUUCCGACAAAACCCCAUCUCAAUCCACAUACCCUUCUCCUUCACCAUCUCACACUGUUGAUGUUUCAGACUCACCCUUGCACAAUGAGAGCCCUCUUACGCCAUCCAUGCCUCGUUUGAGUUAUAUGAGAUCAGGGGGUCCCACGGCUGUGACUGUUAGAAUCAAUCCCUCUAUAAACUCUUAUUUAGACGACCAAUCAUCGGCAUUCUCAAUGCCGCCGCCGCCUCCUCCUCCUCCUGAUUCAGAGCCAUCUUGGGAUUUCUUCGACCCCGCUGAGGAUUCUGAGAGCUUUAGGUUUGUAGCGCAUGCAACUGAUUUCGGAGAGUGCGAGGCUGAAAAGGCUGAUUCUACUAUGGUAGCUACAAUACGAAACAACUCUGGUGGACAAUAUGUUGAGUGUUCUGAUCUUUCAGUUGCCUCAAGACGAGUUGAAGGGUGUCAGCAAAAGUUUCAAAAAGCAGGGAAAGAGGAAGAGUUAGCAGAUAAUGCUAAUGGUUUUGCUGAGACAGUGACAGAAAAGGAUGGUCUUCCAAAGAACGAGAAGGCCAUUGAUGGGAAAAGGAAAGCUGUGUUCGAAGAGAGAGAGGACCCAUCAGAGUUCAUUACUCACAGGGCUAGAGAUUUCCUUUCAAGCAUAAAGGAUAUAGAGCAUAAGUUCAUUAGAGCUUCUGAAUCUGGUAGGGAGGUCUCGAGAAUGUUAGAGGCAAACAAAAUCAGGGUUCAAUAUUGUGAGGCAAGAGGCAAGUCUUCUGCCUUGGAUUUGGUGUCAGCUCUUCACCUUUGCUGGCGUAGAGGGUCAUCUCUUCAUUCCCAGGAACCUGCACAGAAAAUAAUUAGCUGGAAAAGGACAACAUCUACGCGGUCGACAUCAUCCAGAAAUGCAUUGGCUGCAGCAUCAAAGGAAGAUAUUGAUGAUAGUGGAAGUGACUUCAUUGAAGAAUUCUGUAUGAUUGCUGGAAGUCAUUCCUCCACCCUUGACAGACUCUAUGCAUGGGAGAGAAAACUCUAUGAUGAAGUAAAGGCGAGUGAGUUGCUUCAGAAAGUGUAUGACCGUAAAUGUGAGCAGCUAAGGCAUCAAUAUGCGAAAGAUCAAGGCGCUCAUGUCAUAGAUAAAACCCGGACUGUUGUGAAGGACUUGCAUUCGCGAAUAAGAGUGGCCAUCCGAUCAGUAGAUUCGAUAUCCAAGCGAAUCGAGCGAAUGAGGGAUGAAGAGUUACAUCCUCAACUCGUGGAGCUGAUUCAUGGGUUGAUCAGGAUGUGGAAGGCCAUGCUAGAGUGCCAUCAUGCACAGUUCAUCACAAUCUCUCUGGCGUACCAUUCGAGAAGCUCAAGUGGAACCUUGCAAGGAGAUGCACGCAGAGAGAUCUUGACUCAUUUGCUUGAAGAAAUCGAGUGCUUUGGGUUGAGCUUUGCUAAUUGGAUCAACAGCCACACAUCCUACAUCGAAUCUCUCAAUGCCUGGCUUCAAAACUGCAUACUACAGCCUAGGUCCAAGAGCCGAAGGCCUUUCUCACCGCGUCGAGCUCUUGCUCCUCCCAUAUUUGUUCUUUGUCGUGAUUGGUGUGCCGGGAUCAGGUCUUUGCCAUCUGAGGAACUUAGUGUCGCGAUCAAAAGCUUCUUGUCCAAUCUGCAGCAGCUGAUAGAGCAGCAAGAUGAACAGGUUGAUAAGCAGAUUUCUUUAGGUCAAGGAAGCUAUGAGGAAACAGAGAGCAAAAUGAAGGAGGCGGAGGAUGAUCAUAAUGAUAAGGACACAGCAAAUUUGUGCUGCAUACACAAGAGCUUGAGCAAGGUUCUGGAGCGACUGACCAAAUUUUCAGAGGCAUCGUUGAAGAUGUAUGAGGAUAUAAGACAGAAGAAUGAAGCAGCUCGAAAUGCUUAUCAGAGUAUUUAAUCAAUGUUGUUGCUGAAAAGAUUUGAUCCUCUCGUGUAAGGUUGCUUCUCUCUGAGCUUUCUUCAGAUUAAUACAUGGAGACUCUAUUCAGGGGGAAAAAAAACAAAAAGGAAAAAAAGAAAAAGACAAUCGUGUGAAGCUUUUGUAUAUGAAAUCAAGAACUUAUGUGGCCUAGAGAGAAGUUUAGAUUCCAAUGUGGGAUUGGAGACGCAUCUUAUGCCUAUCCAUUUUUGUCGUAUUGUUUCCCAGUAAAUCCUUAUCAAGUUUGCUAUAUUAAGUAUUUUAAACUUUUUAUGAAA